AAGAAAAAGAUUUCUUCAGUCGUUAGUUGCAAUGUCCGCGCUAACGCGGCGAAGCUCCCUCGGAAAAAGUCGGUUUUAGCUUCUUGUUUAUUUAGUUUUAAGCUCGCAGUGUGUAGAAGAAGUUGCGUUUUAUGAGUAAAGGAGGAACAGGUGGAGGUCCAGGCGGAACAUGGCUAAAAAAACACAAGAAGAGGAAAAUCCGAACUCCGAAUACGGACAACCAGCGCAGUUUGACCCUAAUUUCAAAGGACCUGUAAAGAAUAGAGGGUGUACAGAUAUAAUCUGCUGUAUUCUCUUCCUGCUGGUCAUCAUCGGCUACAUAGUAGUUGGAGUUUUAGCUUGGAUCUAUGGAGAUCCAAGAGAUGUUCUUUAUGCAAGAAACUCAACUGGCUGGUUCUGUGGAGUUGGGCCAAAUAAAGACCGACCCAACUUGCUUUACUUUGACAUUCUCAAAUGUGCAAUGUCUGUCAAUGUGAUGGCAAAUGUUCUCAAUGGUUUCCAGUGUCCAACCACACAGGUGUGUGUGAAAGAAUGUCCCUCUGACUUCUGGGCCGUGAAGAUACAGUCGUACCUUCCAGGUGAAAAUCCUGCAAAGGUUUUCAAUCCAAAUUACUGCGUGCCAUCUCUUAACCUCAACAAUGCUAACUUGAGUGUUAGUGAGAUUGUACAAAAGGAGCGGUGUCCUUUCAUGCUCAUACCUACAACCCCUGUGCUGGGGAGAUGUUUUCCUGAUAUCACAGCCUUGGGGAACAUACCUUCAGACUUUGCAAAUGUUCCAGGCUUGCCCACCUCAGUGAAUGACACUGUUGCCCUCAUCAAAAAUGGCACUGGGGGCAUUAUCAACAGCUUUAACGCUAAGGACAUCGCCACCCGAAUCUUUGCAGAUUUUGCGUCGUCAUGGCCGUGGAUCAUCCUUGGUUUGGUGAUAGCCAUGCUUGUCAGUCUGUUGUUCCUGUUGCUGUUGAGGUUUACCGCUCCAGUCAUGGUGUGGGUCCUCAUCUUUGGAGUGUUGGCCGCUGGAGCUUAUGGAAUAUGGCACUGCGCCUGGGAAUAUAAAAACUACAAACAAAACUCUGCUACCAUCACUACAAUUGGAUUCACCACAAAUUUCCAGAGUUAUCUAGAAGUCCAAGAGACUUGGCUGGCAUUCUUGAUAAUUUUAUGCAUAGUUGAGGGGAUCCUUCUGCUGACCCUCAUCUUCUUACGCACAAGAAUCCUCAUUGCCAUCGCCCUCAUCCAGGAGUCCAGCAAAGCUAUCAGCUACAUGAUGUCCACUCUGCUGUACCCUGUGGUCACCUUUGUUCUCCUGGUGGUGUGUGUGGCUUACUGGGGGGCUACUGCUUUAUAUUUGGCUACUUCAGGAAGUCCCACCUACAAAGUGGUGGCUCUGAACUCCACCAUGAACGGCUGUAGUAGUAUCGAUGGCACCAAGAACUGUGACCCUCUGAACUUCAACUCAUCAGAUUACCCGAACUGCCCCUCAGCCAGCUGCAUCUUCAUCAACUACAAUAGCACGGACACCUUCCGGAAGAACCUCCAGUACCUGCACAUCUACAAUGUGGUGGCUUUUCUCUGGUGUGUCAACUUUGUCAUUGCUCUUGGACAGUGCACGCUGGCUGGAGCUUUCGCCUCCUACUACUGGGCUUUCGAAAAACCGGCUGACAUCCCCAUGUUCCCUCUCUUUGGAGGUUUUAUACGCUCACUCAGGUACCAUUUGGGCUCCUUGGCAUUUGGUGCUUUGAUCCUGACCCUGGUUCAGAUCAUGAGGUUGAUCCUGGAGUACAUUGACCAGAAAACAAGAGGGUCGCAGAACAGUUGUGUGCGUUUUAUAAUCUGCUGCCUGAAGUGCUGCUUGUGGUGUCUGGAGAAGUUUAUCAAGUUCAUCAACAGGAACGCUUACAUCAUGAUUGCCAUUUAUGGGAAAAACUUCUGUGUCUCAGCCAAAAAGGCUUUUCAGCUGCUCAUGAGAAAUGUGAUAAGGGUCGUGGUGCUCGAUAAAGUCACAGACCUGCUGCUGUUCUUUGGGAAGCUGAUGGUGGUUGGAGGUGUAGGUAAGGACAACAUCGAUUCAUCUAGCAAAUCUGUCACUGCGGGGGUUUUU